AUGCCGCUCUCUGAGAACGCAGCCCUGCGUCUGGCAGGCAACGCCUUCGGCACCAUCAUCCUUGGUUUCGGCAUCAAUGCUCUGAUACGCCCCAACCACGCUCUUACCUUCUUCGAAUGGACGCCACCAACAGCAACCGCGGACCAACAGCUCGUGAACAGCCUGAUGUACGUGUACGGAGUCCGGGACAUUUACAUCGGCCUGUCCGUCUACGUGGCCUCGAUAUUCGGGACACCCAAGUCACUCGGGUGGACGUUGUUGGCGUUUAGUGCGGUUGCCUUUGCAGACGGUGCGAUUUGCUGGUCGUGGGGACACGGGGAAUGGGGGCAUUGGAGCUAUGCGCCGAUCGUGGCGUUGAUUGGCACUGCUCUUUCGGGACUGUUGGAUUGA